CAUGGCUUUAUUUUUGACAGGAGCUCUAUUGUGUGUCUUGUGCAUCCAGUUGUUGGUGUUUUUGUGGCAGAGAUGCAGAAAACCUAAGAAUUACCCUCCAGGGCCAAUGAGAUUGCCAAUCAUUGGCACUCUUUGGAGAAUGUCAACUAAGAUAUCAUUGGGUCGUCAGUAUAUGGAUUUAGCUGAAAAAUAUGGGCCAAUUUACAGUUUGAAACAUGGAGAAUUUGAAGUGGUUGUGUUGUCAGACCCUGAUGACAUCAAGAAAGUGCUCAGUUCUGAAGAUUCUACUGGAAGAAUGCGGACAUUCUUUUUCACUGAAGUAUACUACGGGUUGAAUUAUGGGUUGUUGUUCUCAGACGGAGACCAGUGGAAAGAGCAAAGAAAGUUUUGUUCCAAAGCACUGAAGGAUUUUGCGUUUGGAAAAUCCCUGAUGGAGGACUCAAUCAUUGAAGAGUUUCAAUAUCUCUCAAAUACUUUGAAACCAGAUGACAUUCCAGAGAAAUCAUCUUUUGUAACACGUGAUUUAGAAGAAAAUCUUGGACAAGCUGUGGUCAACUCUUUGUGGCUUGUUGUGGCUGGGAAGAAGCUUGACCGAAUGCACUAUACUCAGGCGGCAAUUCAUGAAGCUUGGAGACUGCCAGGAGUGACAUCUAAUGCAAUUGAUCAUCGACUCAUCGCUGACAUGGAGAUUGGCGGCUACCAUGUGCCGAAAGAAACCAUCAUCGUUCCACUGAUUCGUUCAGUCCACUCAAACCCGAAAUAUUGGGACAGUCCUUUGGAAUUCAAACCCGAGAGAUUCUUGGACAAGAACGGAGAAUUUCGGAUACCAAACAAAGACGCUUACAUGCCAUUUUCGACAGGUAAAAGGCAAUGUUUGGGCGAAAACAUGGCGAGAAUGACGACGUUUUUGGGAGUCUGCAUCUUGUUGCAAAAGUACAAAUUUGACAAGAUUCCUGGUCAUGUAUACAAUUUCGAUGAAUCGCCGAAAUCAUUGAUAGUCAAUAGCAUCGAAGCCUUUGAAGUUGUCGCUGUUCCCAGUGCUUCUCGACAUCAAAAUUUGCUGGCUGUUCUGAUUGACCUGAUUAUGGCUGGAGCUGAGACCACAGCAAUUGGACUCAGGUGGUUCUUUCUGUACAUGGUUCAACAUCCAGAGGUCCAGGAGAAAAUCCGUGAAGAAAUUGAUGCUGUGAUUGGCCAUGGAACCCCUGAAUGGGCAGAUCAUUCGAAGAUGCACUACACCAUGGCAGCCAUUCAUGAAAUGUGGAGGAUACCUUCAGUUGUUCCUGUCUGGGUAGACCAUAGACUGGAAGAAAAGAGAGAUAUUGCUGGAUAUUGUGUUCCAAAGGGAACAAUCAUCCAAGGUUUGAUCAAUGCCAUCCAUACUGACCCAAAAUACUGGAAGGAUCCAAUGGAGUUCAAACCAGAGAGAUUCUUGAAUGAAAACAAGGAGUUCUUCAUUGAAAAUGAGGAUGUUUACAUGCCUUUCGGAAUU